AAAUAAAAAAAAAAAAAAAGAAAAGAAAGGAGUCGGUGAUCACACGUGGUUGUUACAUAAUCUACAAACAAACAUCAACAACGGACCACUGUCUGGUCGAUUGUGCUAUUUGGAAUCUGCCAUCGAGUGAUAUUUCAACCACUGCUGUAUUUUCGCGUCUCAUUCGUUAUGGCAGCAAGGAAACUACAAACCGAAAUCGACCGCACAUUAAAGAAGGUUGCUGAGGGUGUCGAGUUGUUUGAGAGCAUCUACGAGAAGAUGCAGUCCUCAACAAACCAAACACAGAAGGAGAAACUGGAGACUGACCUGAAGACGCAAAUAAAGAAACUUCAGCGCCUACGAGACCAAAUCAAAUCAUGGGUAGCAUCCAACGACAUAAAGGACAAGUCAGCGCUACUGGAGAACAGAAGACUGAUAGAAACCCAAAUGGAGAAGUUCAAAGCAUGCGAGAAGGAAAUGAAGACAAAGGCUUUCUCUAAAGAGGGUUUGACGCAGUCCGCUAAGCUGGAUCCAAAAGCGCAGGAGAAAAUGGAGGUUACAUCUUGGCUGCAGCAAACUGUCGAGGACCUCACCCUCCAGGUGGAGCAGGCAGAAGCAGAGAUUGAAGCUCUCCAUGGGAGCGGAAAGAAGAAGGGGAAGGGCCAGUCAGCGGCUUCAAGUCGAUUAGAGGAGUUGGAACACUUGAACGAGCGGCGAAAAUGGCAUAUCAACAGGCUGGAGCUCAUCCUACGUCUCCUUGACAAUGGCUCGUUAUCAACAGAACAAGUGCUUGGUCUCAAAGAGGAUGUCAUCUACUUCGUCGAGAAUAACAUGGAGGAAAACUUCGAGGACGAUGAGGGCAUAUAUGACGAGCUCAAUUUAGGCGAGGAGGAAGAGAAAUUCGGCCUAGCUAAUGACGACGAUGACGGUAGCGAUGACUCUGAAAGUGCAAGCGAAGACCACCCACAGCGUACGCCCAAGAAGCAUGACAAAGACGAUGAGAGUGUUUCAAAUCCCAAACGAGAGGAAAGUCCUAUACAAAAGAAGUCUGGCCUGCAGCUGCGAAAACCCUCUAUAGUGGCAGAAAAAGCACCCAAGCCUCCGCCAAACCCAAAUUUUGCGCAGCAACCGAUGUCGAGCAUUCUCAAGGUAGGGCUACCUUCGGCACCGCGUCCACCAGCUGCGCUUCCUGCUAUUCGGUAUGCCACUGCAGCUGCUGCCGCAGUAUCGUCAGGACCCUCGGCAAGCGCACCGUCGGCGUCAUCUGGUUCGCAAGCACCCUCAGGUGCCGUGUCGAGCUCUUUAUCAGCAACACCGGCCACGCCAACAGCCCCAUCAAUAGUGCAGUCGACGUCCCAGAGCAUGAUACAAGAUUCGCAGUUGACAUCUUCUCCAAGUCUGACCCAUCCAUCUGUCACAAGCCCGAUGUUGUCUUCUGCGUCUGCGUCGCAUCAACCUGACGGCUCUUUCUACUCUGGACAAGACUCACCCGCAAUAUCCGAAGCCGUCCCAAGCUCAGUGAGUUGUCCACCAGCAUCGUCAUCACCACAUCGUAUGUAUCACAAAGAUACUAUUGCAUCACCUGUCCUGUCCACGAUUACCUCGGCUGUUGCGCAACAAGUGGCCUCAUCGGAAACGCAACAACCUCCGCAGCAACAGCAGCCUCUGGCGAAUGGAUCAUCUCAAGUGGGCCAAACACCUGCUGUACAACAGCCACAACCUGCUGCUCCAUCUCCACUUCCUCAACAGGCGCAACAACUACUGUCGUCGGGCACUCCAACGACCAACAGUACACCAUCAGUCAUGCAACCACCGCAAUAUCCACCAGGAGUGCGGGUACCUCAAUCGUUGGAGCAGCAACCAGCAUUACAAAGUCAACAGGGACAACAGGCACCAGGCAUGCAGAGACCUCCCUCGGCGGUCCCUUCCCAUCCACAGGCACCCUCGCGACCCUCAGCAUCUGCGUUUCCGGGUUCUUUGUCGGACCUUGUUGCAUCAUUCGAGACGGUUAAACAGAAGGCACCCCAUCGUAUGACUAAUCUGGGCGAAGUGCACAAGCUCUUGGAAGGUGGCUACUCGAAUGCGCCUCAACCCACGGACACCGAGCGAGCCAAAUAUUACGUGCCGCGGUAUCCGUUCAGUACGCCAUCUUUCUAUCCUCAGACGCCGCAUCCAGUGGUCAGCUCGCCAGCACUGUUUCAACACAUCGAUGUGGAGACGCUAUUCUAUGUAUUCUACUACUUGCCAGGCACCUACCAACAAUACCUCGCUGCAAGGGAACUGAAACGCCAAUCCUGGCGAUUCCACAUCAAAUACCUAACGUGGUUCCAGCGACACUCCGAACCACAGGCCAUUACGGAGGAGUACGAGCAAGGAGUUUAUGUAUACUUCGACUGGGAAGGUUCAUGGUGCCAGCGAAAGAAAAGCGACUUCCGCUUUGAGUACCGUUACCUUUCUGAGGAUUAAACGCCUUUCUUUUUUUUUCUUUUCUCCCAGCUGCAGAUCUCCCAGCAACCACCACAGACGUUGCGCCCUUCGUUUUCACUUUCCAAAUGUGUUCUACCGUUCCAGUUCUUUUUUAACUAUUGAUCGCGCCCUCUCAAUGUAAUCACGGCGCAGGACGGUUUCUUUUUCCUUUUGCCAGUUAUUGAAUAGUCUUGCUGGGUAAUCCAACGCCGGAUUGGAAGGAA